GGCCGCUGCACUUCGGCCGGAGCGCUGCCCUGAGCCGGCCGGCCCAGCGAGCGGCGGGCGGGUGGGCGCCGCGGGCGCCAUGGAGCAGUGGCGGCAGUGCGGCCGCUGGCUCAUCGACUGCAAGGUCCUGCCGCCCAACCACCGGGUCGUGUGGCCCUCGGCCGUGGUCUUCGACCUGGCCCAGGCGCUGCGCGACGGCGUCCUCCUGUGCCAGCUGCUGCACAACCUCUCCCCCGGCUCCAUCGACCUCAAGGACGUCAACUUCCGGCCGCAGAUGUCCCAGUUCCUGUGUUUGAAGAACAUUCGCACCUUCCUUAAAGUCUGCCACGACAAAUUUGGACUCAGGAACAGCGAGCUGUUUGACCCCUUCGACCUCUUCGAUGUCCGAGACUUUGGGAAGGUCAUCUCGGCCGUGUCGAGGCUCUCCCUGCACAACUUGGCUCAGACCAAAGGGAUCAGGCCCUUCCCCUCGGAGGAGACCGCGGAGAAUGACGAUGACGUCUACCGCAGCCUGGAGGAACUGGCAGAUGAGCAUGACGUGGGGGAGGACAUCUACGACUGCGUCCCGUGCGAGGAUGAAGGGGACGACAUUUAUGAGGACAUCAUCAAGGUGGAAGUGCAGCAGCCCAUGAUUAGAUACAUGCAGAAAAUGGGCAUGACGGAGGACGACAAGAGAAGCUGCUGCCUGCUGGAGAUCCAGGAGACGGAAGCCAAGUACUACCGGACCCUGGAGGACAUCGAGAAGAACUACGUGACCCCUCUGAGGCUCGUGCUGAGCCCGGCGGACAUGGCGGCCAUCUUCAUCAACCUGGAGGACCUAAUUAAGGUGCAUCACAGCUUCCUGAGGGCCAUCGACGUGUCCAUGAUGGCGGGGGGCAGCUCGCUGGCCAAGGUCUUCCUGGACUUCAAGGAAAGGCUCCUGAUCUACGGGGAGUACUGCAGCCGCAUGGAGCACGCGCAGAGCACGCUGAGCCAGCUCCUGGCCGGCAGGGAGGACUUCAGACAGAAAGUCGAGGAAUGCACCCUGAAGGUCCAAGACGGGAAGUUCAAGCUGCAGGACCUGCUGGUGGUCCCCAUGCAGAGGGUGCUCAAAUACCACCUGCUCCUCAAGGAACUUCUGAGCCAUUCCACCGACCGGCCCGAGAGGCAGCAGCUCAAAGAAGCGCUGGAGGCCAUGCAGGACCUGGCGAUGUACAUCAACGAAGUCAAACGGGACAAAGAGACCCUGAAGAAAAUCGGCGAGUUUCAGAGUUCCAUAGAGAACCUGCAAGUGAAACUGGAGGAAUUUGGGAGACCAAAGAUCGACGGGGAGCUGAAGGUCCGGUCCAUAGUGAACCACACCAAGCAAGACAGGUACCUGUUCCUGUUUGACAAGGCGGUCAUUGUGUGCAAGAGGAGGGGCGACAGCUACGAGCUGAAGGAGAUCAUCGAGCUGCUUUUCCACAAGAUGACCGACGACCCCAUGAACAACAAGGACGUCAAGAAGUCUCACGGGAAAAUGUGGUCCUACGGUUUCUAUCUAAUUCACCUUCAAGGCAAGCAAGGCUUCCAGUUUUUCUGCAAGACGGAAGACAUGAAGAGGAAGUGGACGGAACAGUUUGAGAUGGCCAUGUCAAACAUCAAGCCCGACAAAGCCACUGCCAACCAGCACAGCUUCCAGAUGUACACGUUUGACAAGACCACCAACUGCAGAGCGUGCAGGAUGUUCCUCAGAGGCACCUUCUACCAGGGUUACCUGUGCACCAAGUGUGGCGUCGGGGCACACAAGGAGUGCCUGGAGGUGACCCCUCCCUGCAAGAUCAGUUCUCCUGCAGACCUGGACACCUCUGGAGCGGGGCCAGGUCCCAAGAUGGUGGCCGUGCAGAAUUACCAUGGCAACCCUGCUCCCCCCGGGAAGCCGGUGCUGACCUUCCAGACGGGUGAUGUGAUUGAGCUACUGAGAGGCGACCCUGAGUCUCAGUGGUGGGAGGGUCGGUUGGUGCAAACCAGGAAGUCAGGUUACUUCCCUAGCUCGUCUGUGAAGCCCUGUCCAGUGGAUGGAAGGCCGCCCAUCAGCCGGCCGCCGUCCCGGGAUAUGGACUACACAGCAUACCCCUGGUUUGCCGGCAACAUGGAACGGCAGCAGACCGACAACCUGCUCAAAUCCCACGCCAGCGGGACCUACCUAAUCAGGGAGCGGCCGGCCGAGGCCGAGCGCUUUGCCAUAAGCAUCAAGUUCAACGACGAGGUGAAACACAUCAAGGUGCUGGAGAAGGACAGCUGGGUGCACAUCACCGAAGCCAAGAAAUUUGAGAGCCUCUCAGAGUUGGUAGAGUACUACCAGUGCCACUCGCUCAAGGAGAGCUUCAAGCAGCUGGACACCACGCUCAAGUACCCCUACAAGUCACGGGAACGCGUGGCCUCUAGGGCCUCCAGCCGGUCCCCAGUCCUCAGGGCUUCAGCCUUGCUUCUCAGGGCUCCUCCGUGCCCUUCUGGCCAGGUACCGCUGCUGCUCGGGGCGUGGGGGGCCCGGCCUGCCGCCAGCUGCCUGGCGGGCCACGGCCCCGGCCUGAAAGUGUCCGCAGCUGCCCGCAGCCUGGGCGGGGCGGGGCGGGUGUGUGCAGAGGGGAGCGGCGGGGGGCGGGGCGGGGGGUGGGGCUGCCGCGGCUCCUGCAGACACAGUCGGCCUGGCGCUGCCCUCACCCCUGCCAUGCUCACCCCCACGACCCCUCUCCAGCUCAUCAGCCACUGUCCCCCGUUGCUCCCCGGGAGCUUUGCGUCUGGCAGCAGCAAACAGCUGGGCGACCCCCUCGGGGUGAAGGUGGGAGCAGACCCGGGGCGGGCCCCACUCGGCGACACUAAGGAGGACCUGUGGGGCUUGGGUGCAGGGGGACAGGUCUCGACUGGCCUUGACCGCACGGCCCUCUACUGCCAGAGGCAGAGCCCUCCCCAGCGGCCGCACGUGCUGCCCCUCCCGUCACGGGCCAUUGUCAUCUGUCCGUCAGGACUCCUGGGUCCCGGGCCAAGCUGGUCCAACCGGCUCUCUGGUUUCGUUUGGGCUCUGGAGUUGGGGACACGAGGGAAGUCGGGCAGCAGUGCCCUGGGGUCCAAUUCCAGGCACUUUGUCAGACUGCAGGCUGGGAGCUGGGCAGCGGGCACUCAGCUGUCCACUGGCCAUGUGAUGCCCAGGCCCUGGGCACACGGGGGAAGGCCCCGAGGGAACUGUGACAGAGCACCGACACCCGCUCGUAUCCCCGCGGGCACGCUCGCCGCCCGUGACGGCCCCCAGUGGGGCGGUGAGGCUCUGACUUAAUCACGGUGGAGCUCAGGUGGGCCACGUGCCCACAGGUUGGGGCUCCCACAGAGGAGCGAGGGGCCCUGGGAUUGGAGCCUGGUCUGUCCCACCAGAGCCUUUCCGCUCCAUGGGCUCCUCUGUGGGCACAGGGCUG